UUAAAACCGAAAAGGCUAAAAAAGAAAAUGUCAGAAAUCCAAAGCCUUAGCUCUAUCAUUCAUCACCAUCUUCUUAUUCUUCUGCUUCUCACACAGAUCUUCAGUUCAGCUUUGAGUUUCUCACCCAACACCUGUUUUUCUCUCCUCCUCAGUUGAUUGUGUUCAUAAAAAUCUGAAUUUUUUAUUUGGGGUUGAAUAUUUAUUUACUUGAUCUGUUGAGGGGGUGAUUUUGUAAAAUCCUGAUUUCAUGAGGAGAAAAGAUUAGUGGGGUUUGGUUGGAUCGAGGGAAAGACUCGAACUUUGCAGAUUGCAAAACGAGGGUCUUUGGUGCGAAAAUGUGGAUCUUGUAAAAGCUGUUGAUUUGAUCGAGAAAGAAAAGAAAAGAGAGACAUUUUUUCAGCUCAAGGUGGUUCAACUUUUUCCUCAGCAAUUGGAGAAGGUUAGAACAAGUUUAAAGGUGAAGUAGCCUUUUGAGUAGGUUGGAAAAGUUGAUGCUUUUUGCUCGGCAUUUUCGUUUUGAAGACUUGAGUGUAACUUGAGUUGACUCCGAAACAAAAAACAAAAAAAAAAAGGUGGAUGUUAAGAAUACGAUAUUAGUAGAUACAUAAUCUUUGGUAACCAGUCAUCAGAGCCAAAUAUGAAGGUGUAUUGUGACAGUGCAUAGGGUUGACAAAGUUCAGGUGGAUCUCAGUGGUCUGGUUAUCAUUUUCAAAUAUUUUCAGAAAAGGCACAUUAUUGAAAGUGGAAGAGGUUUUCAUUACUUCAAGUUUGCUUUCAGCUUACCAAAAUGGGUAUUCAGUGCUCCAGACUCAUACCAUGUUGUGUGGAUUCACAAGUUAAGGCAUCCAUUAUUGAAACUCCAGAUGCUGAAAUUGAGGAUAGUAGUGAGGUCAGUAACUGGCCUACAUUCCGUGAAUUUACGCUUGAGCAACUUAAGAAUGCAACAUCUGGUUUUGCCGUUGAGAACAUUGUAUCUGAACAUGGAGAGAAGGCUCCUAAUGUUGUUUAUAAAGGAAAGCUGGAGAAUCAAAUGAGGAUUGCUGUUAAGCGGUUUAAUAGGAAUGCUUGGCCUGAUGCUCGGCAGUUUUUGGAGGAAGCAAGAUCAGUUGGUCAGCUUCGUAACCAAAGAUUGGCAAAUUUGCUUGGUUGUUGUUGUGAAGGAGAUGAGAGGUUACUUGUUGCAGAAUAUAUGCCCAAUGAAACACUUGCAAAGCACCUUUUCCAUUGGGAAACACAACCUAUGAAAUGGGCAAUGCGACUAAGAGUUGUUCUACAUCUUGCACAAGCUCUAGAGUACUGCACAAGCAAAGGGCGUGCUCUUUAUCAUGACCUUAAUGCAUAUAGAGUUCUAUUUGAUGAGGAUGGUAAUCCUAGGCUUUCGAGUUUUGGUCUUAUGAAAAAUAGCAGGGAUGGGAAAAGUUAUAGCACAAAUUUGGCAUUUACCCCUCCAGAGUAUCUCAGAACUGGCAGAGUAACACCAGAAAGUGUAAUAUAUAGCUUUGGCACACUUUUGCUUGACCUUCUCAGUGGGAAGCAUAUCCCCCCAAGUCACGCCCUUGAUGUGAUUCGUGGAAGAAAUCUUCAGAUGCUGACAGAUUCUUGUUUGGAAGGACAAUUUUCAGAUGAUGAUGGAACUGAGUUGGUACGCUUGGCAUCUCGAUGUUUACAGUAUGAACCUAGAGAACGGCCUAAUCCAAAAUCAUUGGUAGCUGCUUUGGCUCCUCUUCAGAAGGAAACAGAGGUUCCUUCACAUGUCUUGAUGGGCAUCCAACAUAGUACUACUUUUGCUUCAUUAUCUCCUCUUGGUGAAGCAUGCUCAAGAAAGGACUUGACUGCCAUACAUGAAGUUCUGGAAAAUAUUGGCUAUAAAGAUGAUGAAGGAGUGGCAAAUGAGUUAUCAUUUCAGAUGUGGACUGAUCAAAUGCAGGAAACAUUAAAUUGCAAGAAAAAGGGGGAUGCUGCUUUCCGGCAGAAAGAUUUUAGACUAGCAAUUGAGAACUACUCUCAGUUUAUUGAUACUGGAACAAUGGUUUCUCCAACAGUCUAUGCACGACGCAGUUUGUGUUAUCUCAUCAGUGACAUGCCUCAGGAAGCACUGAACGAUGCGAUGCAGGCACAAGUUGUAUCUCCGGUAUGGCACAUAGCAUCUUAUCUUCAAUCUGUUGCCCUCACAGGACUUGGCAUGGAGAAUGAAGCCCAAGCAGCACUUAAAGAUGGAACAACACUGGAAUCCAAGAGGAAUGCAACUACCAAGCAAAAAUGAAAACGUUGUACAGAGACAAGUUCUUGCUGAUUCUGUUAUGCCUGAUGACUACCCCCAUUGAUUAUAAAAUUCAUCUUGGAUACCAAUAGUUCCACCCUCCCAAAAUGUUGCAUGUGUUUGAGGAUUUCAUCAAGAAACAAGGAUUGGAUGAGUGUUUGUAACACCCCCUCCCCCUUUUUGUUGGGUCGGUUAGGAUGUUCAUUUAGUUCUAUGAUUUGAUUGAUUAUGAAUCCAAACUUAAGCAAUUUUUUUUCAAUAUAAAAGGUUAAAAUAUGUGAAGAGUUAAAAGCUGGUGUUCGCAGCUGUGUACUUAGUGUUGGAGUGCCUAGCAAGAUUUGCUUUUUGUCGGGUGCAAAUCAUUGGGUUUAGGACACCAAAUAGUGUUCAUUUCCUAUUGCCAUGCAUCAUGUCACCAAAAUGUUGUGAACUAUGAUAAUAGUAUCAGUCUUGAGUUUUU